GUAUAUUAAGCUUGCUAUGUAGGCGGCGCCAUGGUGCGUGUUAUCCAGCGGCUCAAGCGUGACAUCUCUCAUCAGCAGGGUUGGGUAAUAUGCGCGGCAGGGAGGUAUUAUGCACAAUUCUGCGCAUAAUACGCAUAAAAUGCAGAAAACGCGCAGAAUACGCAGAAAACAUGCAGAAAACGCAGAAAACGCAGAAAACCCAUGUGAUGCCCAUUCUAAGGGCGAAUUCACACCUUGGAAGAAAAGCGGAAAGCAGAAAGGCAGCAGUCAAUGGGUGCGUUCAACGAACUCAAUAAUUGCACAACAGUUAAGGAAUUCAUCGACGUAAUUAGUCUAGAUUUCGAGAUCUAAGGACCAAUAAUCGCUAAUUGUUCACUGAGCGCUUUUUUCGCUGAACGCGCCCAAUCAGAACUCGCGCUGGUUUCUGCUUUCUUUUACUAUAUUACCAACGCGAGUUCUGAUUGGCUGCUGCCUUUCUGCUUUCCGCUUUUCUGCCAAAAUGUGAAUCCGCCCUAACUCUACAAUCCUAUUUACCGCGCGUGAAUUAGAUUCAUUACCAUAUCCAGAUAUCAUCUGAAUAUAGAAAGAAAUUAAAAAAUGGGAGACAGCGAAGAACUAUAUUCCCAAUUUCAUGUUUUUCAUGAUCAUGGGCAAAUGUUUGUGCUUUAUCUCAUAUGCCAAACGGUUAUAAAAAGUGAUGGUGAGAGGUUACAGAAGCAUAGGAUGGUUUGUAAUGAUAAUAAACAAACAAGUAAUAAUAAGGUUAAAAAACGGAAAGUCACCAAGAGCAAUACAACUAAUAUGCACUCAUCACUCAACGAUACAGCCCAGACUGCGUCGGAUAAUGUGCAAAAAUCUUUUAACGACGGCCUCAAUACUAUUGAUGAAGCAUUGGCCAAAUUUUUUUUCGGUUAUAAUAUAUCGUUUUCUGUCGUAGAAUCGGUACAUUUAAAAAAUUUUAUAUCUAUUUUAAAUCCGACUUAUAAACUGCCGACAAGGAAAACUUUAUCUACAAGUAUCUUGGAUAAAUUUCAUACAAAGAUGAUUGCCGCUAGAAAAGAGUCUUUGAAGAAUACAGAAUCUAUACUUUUAAUUGAUGGCUGGAAAAAUUCCUCCGCCAAUACAAAAAAUAUUGUUUGCGUCUAAGUAUAUAUAGCAAUACCAAUAUACAUUUGCCUGCAACAACAUCA